AUGGCCGCGAGACUCGGCGCAUUCUUCAAGAAUGUCUGGGCCAAGGAGCCAGUGCUCGUCGUGUCCUUAGUCAUCGGGAGCCUCGCUGUAAUUCUGCCCCCGUUCAGCCCCUACACCAACUACUCCACGAUCAACGAGGCCACGCCCUACAACUAUCCAGUGCCCGUCCGCGAUGAUGGGAACACGCCUGACGUGCCCAGCCACCCCCAGACCCCCAGGGCCCCAGCCUGGAGUGGCUGAAGAAACUUCACUAACCUGAUGAAUUCUACACGUUGCAUUUGCCC